UCAUGAUGCGCAGACUCAAAGGCGGAAGUAACGAAAACAUGGCAGGUUCUGCUAACAUGGAGUUUAGUUUCGCCGUGUAAAACAGAAUAUUUGUCAGUUAGCCAUGGCAUCUAUGAAGGGAAACGUGGAUGUGGUGUGUUACUUCAUCACCAAGCAUUCAUGGAAAGGAAAGUACAAGAGAAUAUUUUCUGUUGGGACGAUGGGAAUAACAACUUACAACCCAAACACAUUGGAGGUCACAAACCAGUGGCCAUACAGUGAGUUCAUUAGCAUUGUGCCAAACGUGAAGGCUCCGUCAAACACAGAGUUCCUCAUCACGAUGAAGAAAGGUCAGCGCAAGACCGACAUGAUGAAGUUCUCCACUGACCACCGUGCAGACCUACUCACUGCCGCUCUCAAAUUUAGGGAUCAGUUUGCGGAGCAGAACAACACCACCAGGAGAUUCAAUGCUUACAAAUACCACUGGUCAGAGAGUCGGGUGCCCGUCGUCUUGGAAGUGGGUCAGGGCUCUGUAAAUCAGAGGGAACCAGCCACCAACAAGUUGCUCACCUCCUAUGAUUACAACAACAUCGAGGGUUUAACACAGAUUUCUGACUAUCCUGGAUCUGUUGCUGUCAUAUACGGAGGGUUUAGUAGACUGCACCUGUUUGCCCUGGAACAGAGAGACGAGUUCAUCAAGUGUGUGAUGGAGGCGGGCGCAGCCUACGUUGGUGUGGCCAUCAAGCAGAGGAAGGAGCCCAUCACCUUCGAUCAGUACCAGCUGAACAGACUCGGCAAAUACAGUACUGAUGAAGCUUUGACAUCAUAUGCUGAAUUCACAGUACAGAAACUGACACACAGGCAUGCCGAUACGGUCCGCCGAAUCCUCUGUCUGACUGAGACGUGCAUGGUGGAGCGUGACCCAGGCACCUACAACAUCGUCACGUGUAAACCUCUCUGUGAUAUUUUUGCAAUAAUCCGUGAUCGGACGAACCCACAGAAGUUUUCUAUUGAACAUGUGAAGGGAGACGUUCGAACGUUCAUGUCUACAGACAGAGAUGCCCUGAUCGCCUCUCUACUCGACGGAGUCCGUGCAGCGGGAAACCGAGACAUCUGUGUGAAGAUGAUGACCACUGAUCGAGGAUACAGACUCGGUCCGUUCACAGUUCCAGUGGAUGAGGAGGUGGAAGCACAACACAUGAAGUUCAUGCAGUCUCCUCCAGGAAACAUGACAUUCAAGGAAGCUGUGAUGCGCUUUAAUGCUAACGUAUCAUACAGUGGUCUCCUCCAUGCUGUCACACAAGAUGGCCUGUUUGCCCAGAACAAGGAGAAGCUGAUCAACUUGACGCUGACGAAGCUGCUGGAGAACGAGGGCGACCAGAACACGAUUGAGGUCGUUGACCUUGAGGCUCAGUUCCAUGCGCUGCGCAGACUCGUCGCAUCCAAGGCCGGCUUCGGCUCCUUCACAUCACUGCCACGAAUGCGAGAAAAGGUUGGACUGAAGGUUGUGAAGGCACUCAAGAGACAUGAUGACGGGGUGACUCACGCAGCCCUCGACAUGCUGUCUGCUCUGAUGCAGCCUAUGCAUGACAACUAUGAUCUACGACAAGAACAGCUGAACAAAGCAUCUUUGUUGUCAUCUCGGAAAUUCCUGCAAGAGUUGAUGGAGAAGUUUAAUUACCAUGUGGUGCACAGCACUGGUGCAUUGGUGAUAUCGGCCAUGCUGGACUUCCUGACGUUUGCCCUGUGUGCCCCGUACAGCGAGACGACGGAUGGCAACCACUUUGACCAACUUCUCGAAAUGGUGGCGGCCAAUGGAAGGAUUGUGUUCAAACUCUUUCAGCAUCCGUCAAUGGCCAUCAUAAAGGGGGCAGGACUGGUGAUGAAGGCGAUCAUUGAGGAGGGAGAUGCUGAGAUAGCCGCUAAGAUGCAGGAUUUGGCUCUAGCCGAGGGCGCACUUCCAAAACACUUACACUCUGCCAUGUUCACGAAGAGUACCGACAACAGGAUGCUAACAAACAGACAGCUGAGUCGGCACCUGGUGGGCUUGUGGGUUACUGGUCACCCGACUGCCAUGGGCUUGCUGCGACGCAUCCUGCCUGCCGGCCUGCUUGCGUACCUAGAUUCCUCUGACAGUGUUCCUGUGGAUGAAGAUGACAAACUUCAUGUGAGAGAUAAUGUCAAAUUAGCACAGGAUCACCAGAACAGGCGGAUGAAGAACCCAAACCUCGUUCUACUCGAGAAGAAAAUAGACGGCUUUCUACAGCACUGGCGGUCUCGGAUUGGCCUAGAAACCAAACAGCAAAAUGACCGUCCAAUAGUGUUGAGGAACCGUCGACAGCGCAUCAAGAGUGAAGCAAACUGGGCGCUGUUCUACUACCAGUUCAACAAAGACCAUGCCAGGCCAAACCUUAUAUGGAAUUACAAGACUAGAGAGGAAUUGAGGGAUGCCUUGGAAAAUGAAAUGCGAGCGUUCACGGUAGACAAAGAAUUGGGUUCAACGUACAUCAUUGGGUGGAACCACACAGAGUUUGAAGUACCGUACCACUGUCUGGCAGAGGAAAUUAAAAUAGGGGAUUACUAUCUUCGUUUGCUGCUGGAGGAGGAGGAGGAUGAAAAUGAAGAUAUCAGUGCCAUCAAAAAAUCAUAUGAAUUUUUCAAUGACUUGUACCAUAGAUUUCUGCUAACCCCGAAGGUUAACAUGAAGUGUAUGUGUCUGCAGGCCAUGGCUGUUGUUUACGGGCGGUGUCACGAGGAAAUCGGGGCUUUCAACGACACCCGCUACAUUGUGGGCAUGCUGGAAAGGUGUACUGAUCGCUUGGAGCGAGAUAGGUUGAUAUUAUUUCUGAACAAACUCAUCCUACACCCAAGGAAUGUCAAGGAAAUGAUGGACGCAGGCGGGGUCAAGGCUCUUGUUGACAUUCUCACACUAGCUCAUUUGCAUACUACACGGGCCACUGUUCCACUUCAGUCGAAUGUGAUAGAGGCCUCGCCUGACAUGAGAAGAGACAGUGAGAAGGAGUGGUACUUCGGCAACAAAGACAAAGAACGACUUGGGCCAUACAGUUUUGAGGAGAUGAAAGAUUUCUGGACUGCUGGAACAAUUCAUGGAAAGACGCGGUGCUGGGCACAAGGCAUGGAUGGGUGGCGCCCCCUGGUAUCCGUCUCACAGCUCAAGUGGUCGCUGUUGGCGAGCAGUCAGGCCGUGAUGAAUGAGAGCGACCUCGCAACGUUAAUACUCAACAUGUUGAUACGCAUGACUGAAUACUAUCCCAGUAGAGACAAUGAUGGGGCUGUGGUACGUCCGUUGCCAAGAAUAAAACGGACCCUGUCAGAUGCCACAUGCUUGCCUCACAUAGUGCAGUUGCUGCUGACGUUUGAUCCAGUGCUGGUGGAGAAAGUGGCGACUCUCUUGUACUUAAUCAUGCAGGACAAUCCGAAUGUGUCCCGUCUCUAUUUGUCCGGUGUCUUCUUCUUCAUCAUGAUGUACACCGGAUCCAACGUGCUUCCCAUCUCGCGCUUUCUCAAAUACACUCACCUGAAGCAGGCGUUCAGGGCAGAAGAACAAAAGAACUCUGACAUCUUACAGUGUAGUGUUGUUGGUCCGAUCCUUCCUGAAGCGAUGGUUUGUUACUUGGAGAACUACUCAGCAGAACGAUUUGCUGAAAUCAUCCUGGGCGAGUUUGACACGCCAGAAGCCAUCUGGAACAACCAGAUGAGGUGUAUGAUGAUUGAGAAAAUUGCAUCACACCUGGCUGACUUCUCUCCACGCUUGAUGAGCAACACGCGAGCUCUGUACCAGUACUGUCCCAUUCCAAUGAUCAACUACCCUCAGCUCGAAAAUGAACUCUUCUGCAACAUCUAUUAUCUCAAGCAUCUCUGUGAUACAAGCAAAUUUCCAGACUGGCCCAUCAAGGACCCUGUGAAACUGCUGAAGGAUAUUCUCGAAGCCUGGAAGCAGGAGGUGGAGAAGAAACCGCCCAUGAUGUCAAUUGAAGACGCUUACGACAUUCUCAAUCUGAAGAAAGGCGCUGGAGGACAUGAUGAAAGUAAAAUCAGGAAGGCGUAUUUCAAGUUAGCUCAGAAGUAUCACCCAGACAAGAAUCCUGAAGGAAGAGACAUCUUUGAGCAAGUGAACAAAGCAUACGAGUUCCUGUGCAGCAAGUCGAAGGUGAAGGACGGGCCGGACCCGCAGAACAUCGUCCUCAUUCUCAAGGCUCAGUCCAUCCUGUUCAGCAGACACCAGGAAGACCUGCAUCCGUACAAGUACGCUGGCUACCCGAUGCUGGUGAAGACGAUUCAGAUGGAGACUAACGACGAUCAGCUGUUUUCCAAGUCAGCUCCGCUGCUCGUUGCGGCCAGCGAACUGGCAUACCACACAGUCAGCUGCUCCGCUCUGAACGCCGAGGAACUGCGCAGAGAAAACGGAAUACAGGUUCUACAACAAGCCUUUGCCAGGUGUGUGAACGUGUUGAGUCAGUCGAGCAAACCCGAUGACAUGGCUGUCCACGUCUGUACGAACAUUGCCAAGUGCUACGCCGUUGCAGCGCAGUUUGAGGGCUGUCGAGAGAAGAUUCAAGAAACAUCGACAAUCAUCAAAGAUCUCUGUAGAAUAUUGUAUUACAAAAAUCUGCCCAGCCUGUGCUGCGUGGUAUGUGACAGUGUGGGAAGGUUUUGUGUCGACUUCUGGCUCCAGACGAACCUGCACCAGGCCGGAGUUCUCUGGCACCUCCUCAUCUACCUCUUCAACUACGACUAUACGCUGGAUGAAGGCGGGGUCGAGAAAAGUGGCAGCACAAACCAACAGGAAGUAGCGAAUGAGCUUGCAAGGCUCAGUGUGUGGGCAUGUGCCAGACUGGGUGGUUACUAUGACAACAAAAGCCCCCAUUCUAGUCCUGACAAUCCAGCUGUGAAGAAGUCCUUGAUGGCAAUGCUGACACCAUAUUUGGCGCAAAAACUAUCCAAUGAAAACACAGCUGAGUUGUUGAAACUGCUGAACAGCAACACAGAAAAUCCCUAUUUGAUCUGGGACAAUGCGACAAGAGCUCAGCUUAUGGAGUUUCUCACAGACCAGCAACACAGAAUGAUCAAAACCGGAGAAUGUGAUGAAUUAUAUGGUGCUCAGUUUGUGUUUGACAUUCACGCAAAAGAACUGAUAGUGGGAGAAAUAUUUGUUCGCAUUUAUAAUGAACAGUCAACUUUUCCUCUUGAGAACCCGAAAGGCUUCACAAUUGACUUGCUCGACUACCUGGGAUCCCAGGCUCAGUAUCUUCAUUCUCUGAUGAUGCUUCAACAACAAGGCCAGUCUGCACUAAAAGCAGACCAGGCUGUCAGACUGUCCAAAGUGGAGAUGGCUCUCGAAGCUUUGUGCAAUGUUAUUAAAAACAAUCCAGGUGUGGAGAUUCAGUGUAUUGGCCACUUCAAGCUGCUGUUUGCUCUUCUCCGCUUAGAGAACUGUAUCAGACUGCAGCGGUCGGCUCUUGAGGUGAUCAACUGCGUGUCUGGGUGUCAGGAGUGUGUCAAGGACAUCGCUGCAGCCGAGGUGCUCGCCUACCUGCUGCUGACACUUCACAGCAUUCCUCAGUGUCGACUUUCAACUCUGGAGAGUUUGUUUGCACUGAUGUCGAACACGAAGAUCGUCAAAGAGGCUCUAGCUAAAGGAUCUCUUGUUUAUCUUCUUGAUCUCUUCUGUAAUGCAACCAAUCCACAAAUACGAGAGAAAACUGCCGAACUCUUUGCUAAAAUGUUAUCGGACAAACUAGUUGGACCAAAAGUGAGACUAAUUCUUAUGAAGUUUCUUCCUGCAAUAUUCAUGGACGCAAUGAGAGAUUCACCAGAGGCCAGUGUUCAUAUGUUUGAAGGAUCACACGAAAACCCAGAACUUAUUUGGAAUGAUGAAGCUAGAGAGAAAGUGUCUGAUACGGUGCGCAAACUCAGCAAAGGUCACUACACUGCCCAGAGUGAGAACCUCGACCUGAAGUGGAGUCUGACGGAGGACUUCAGUGUGGUGUACACAGACGUGCAGGGUGAAGUGGUGGUGGGAGGAGUCUUCCUGCGCCUCUUCAUCACCAACCCAGGCUGGGUGCUCAGACACCCGAGAGAAUUCCUCACAGAACUCUUGGAGAAGUGGUCGCAGUUAACUUCAGUAGAGCACACAGAUGGUGAGAUUCUCGAAAUGGUGACAACAGCUGUGGUGUGUCUGUUUUCAAACCAGUCGUCCCUGCUGGAUCAGGUCCCACAGCUUGGUUACAUUCCGCGAGUAUUCAGCUGCAUGAAGUCUAGAAAUAACGCAGUUCCAAAGUCGGCCAUUCAGAUCGUGCAUCAGCUGUCAACUAAUGAGUUGUGUGUCCGGAGCAUGGCUACAACAGACUGUAUUGGCCCCAUUAAGGUGGCCAUGAAGGUGCGUCGUGACUCGAUAGCGCUGGCUGCUGAAGCUUUGUCAAGGAUUUUUGACAAAGCCGAAGAGGAGCUCGUCUCUCAGGCUCUGAAACAUGAACUGGUUCCAUUUCUCCUGCGACUGCUGGAGGGCGGCCUCGAGGCCGUUGAGAACCCGGCCGCAACCAAAGCUCAGAUUGUGAGAGCUCUGAAAGCCAUGCAGCGCAGCCUGCUGUACGGGGAACAGAUAACUGGUUUGCUGGACAAGUCGGCUGUGUGGAAGGAAUACCGCGAUCAGAAACACGAUCUUUUCAUCACAGAAUCCAACAUAUCAGGCUAUUUAACAGGGGCCACUCCGGGAGUAGCUGGUUACCUCACCUCUGGGGUCCGUACGACGAUGCCCGAUGUACCACCACCACUAAACACCAGUCACCACGACGAUGUUCUACAUUAGGCCAUUUCCUGUGAUAUAUUUAACUAUUCGAUCAAUAAUAUAUUUUUAUAUCGCACAUCUGUAUAUAGAUCAUUUUGUAAAGUAAUAGAAAUGUUGCAUUGGCUAAGCCACACAUUUGAAAAAACAAUAUUGAGUGGCAAACUUAUUUAAAAAAAAAAACGUAUGUGGCAAAUAAAAAUCAGUAUAAUUA